AUGUCCAGCGUCAAGAUUAUUAUCACUCCCCCGACGCCUUUGGAGGCUGAAGAUCCUUUUCGUCGUCGGCCUCAGGUCACUCCGCUACCUGAUGUACCUGAGAAGUUGCCACUGGAGUCUGGCGAUGACACACAGAAAACAGACAAUGGGAGACCAACCAUUGAUCCAACAGAGAAAGAGGUCUUUGUGACUCGGCCAGAUGUCGAAGAAUCCGAAAAGGAAGUCUACGAGCCCAGGACAACAGUAUUAUAUGCCGAUGCGGCCGAGAAGGAGGUUUAUCACCCGACCCAAUCGCAAGAGAUUGUCGUAGACGAGAAGGAAGUCUACGAUCCCCAAGAAGCGACUCACCAGGCUUCUAUCGAUGCAUCUGAGAAAGAGGUGUAUCAUUUUGAGACGGAAGCCCAUCGCGUCGAUGCCGGGAAGGAGGUCUAUGAUGGGAGCGCGCAGAUGCAAAUGGUGAUACAUCCUGGUAAGGGUGCCUACAGCCCCGAGCCUGCUCAACCUCCAUCCAAACACUCUCAGCCAGAGCCAAAAUCCUCUUCGCCCCAGUCAGAAUACUCUCAAUCCCAAGUCAGCUACUCUCAACCAACUUCACCCGCAUACUCUCAACCUCAAACCGAAAGCUCGAAUCAGAGCACGCCUAAGCCAGAUGAGGCCCAGACUCAACCUGGGCCCAAAGGUCGCUUCAAGAAACUUCACCAAACCGUCGUCAACAAGCACAAGAAAGCCUGGGAGACACUUACCGAUCAAUCCAACGCCAUUAUCAAUGAACAAAUUGCCUGGAUUGAAAAGACACAGACCGACGUCACCAACAGUAUCGUCACGGGGACUACGACUCGGUAUGCACGGUUGGAAAAAGGCACUACUACACGAUAUGCACGGCUAGAAAAGGGGACUACGAAUCGAUACAAUCGUGUUGAGCAGAGCAUCAACGACCAAAUGGUUCGUGCAGGGCAGUGUGUCAACAAUUAUGCCCGGAUCAAGGACAGUAUUCCUGGGUUAAAGCAAAAGCCACAAGCCUCGACUGAAACAGAGAAGCCUAAAUAG